GCUGAGAAUACCGCAUUCUUUUCAUGCUUCAAGCACUAACUCUAGCACAGACGACGAGUGUCCCGAUUCGCCCCUUGCUCAAUUAGAGCUGUGGAUGCAGAAUAAAUUGGUUCUCAUCUAUGACAUGUCAACGAACACCACUCUCUUUGGCAAACUAGUUCGUGAAUGUUAUACAGAACGGAACUCGUCAGCUCUUAGAGAAGUGAAGAGACUCUCGGGACCGGGAAGCCAUCGUGAACAGGAUUUUGAAAAGCUUUUUGGCUUUCAUUAUAAGCUGGGAAAGGUUGUCUCUGUUUCGGGACAUUUGAUCUCUGCUGCAAUCUCUCUUCGUCAAGAAUUUGCCAAUGGAUUCAAAGUCAGAACCGUGCCACAUGCCCAGGAUCGAAAAAUCCCAUUGGUUGCCAAGAAACUCAAGAUUGGAGGAGUUGUGAAUCGAAUGUUUAAAGCGAACGAUGCUCAACGCGAUCUGUACCAUGAGCGCCUUCGAUCACUUCACUCUGAAGCAGAAUUGGAGAAGAUACUUUGCGCAGGGGUCAAGGUCCAGACUCGUGUACAUGCAGAAUUGCUGCUUAUUGACCACUUUGAACGGAACAAGGCCGUUUUCUUGGACGGAGACAAGUAUAUCGGAUGCAGUAAGCCUGCAUGCUACUUGUGCUAUCACUACAUCUCGAACCACCCAAAUGGCUAUACCACUCCGCCUAGCCAUCAGAAGCUGUACUUGGCGUGGCGCGUCCCGGACACGCAAAAGAAUGAUAUAACGCAUCUCCAAACCCAGGAAAAGAUAAUGUCGAAGCUGAUCGAAAAGGUCCGCGAAGACUUGAAAAGGGAGAUGCGCAGUCAAAAACCAGCAUUACCUCUUCAUCCGGACUCAACCUGUGGGCUCACGACCACUGCGCCAUCACUUGCACCGUUCAUGGACCUGAGUGGGUUGGCGCAGUCUCUCGAAGACUAGCUCCUCAUGCGAGUUAUUUUCAGUCGAUAACGUGGAGGCAAGAAUGCCGACCGCGAGACAGCCAUUCAUGUCUUAAACGCGGAUUGAUAUUACCAGAAGUG